AUGUCAUCUCUCUCUCUGUGUGCUAUACCAUACAGUCCUACUGGUGCCAGUGUGGGAGACAUCUAUGAACAUGCUGGAAAGGAUCGAAUUGGCCUUCCUUCACAAACCCUGGUCCUGAGCAAGGGGACUCAGCAGCUGGUCCCCCGCCGGGCACUCCAGACAGUGUGGCCAGAGUGGCACCCUCCGUGGAAACUGAUGAGGGUCCUCAGCGGCCAUCUCGGCUGA